AUGUGGCCUGAGCUGCUGGCGCCCCUUGCCCCGCGCCUGCGCAGCAGCUUCCUGCGCCAGCAGCCGCUGCAUGUGCGGGGGGCGCAGCCAGUGGCGAAGAAGGCGCAGGAGGCACUGCAGGACCUGGCCCUCUUCAUCGAUGCUGGCGUGCUCCCCGCGGGCGCCGCGGAGGUGGUGGAGAACUCCUGGCGCUCCAGGCCCCUCCCAGGGCCAACCAUGGAGACUGCCGCGAGCCGCACCGUCUACGCCAACAAUGCAGGCCUUUACUUGCCGGGUCUGGCCGAGUUCUGCCUGGCGGCGUUGAAGAAGUUGCAGUGGCCAACGGCGGCCAACGCCUAUUGCAGUGCCGGGCCUAUGGAGGUGUCGGUGCCGCCCCACACGGACAGGCAAGACGUGGUGGUGUUCCAAGCCACCGGCCACAAAAGGUGGUCGGUUUUCCAUCCGCCGCCCGUGGGAGAUGCGGACCCCCUUCGACGAGGUAAGGAUGGUGAUGCGGCACUGGCCGACCUGGGAGAGCCGCUGCUGGACGCAGUGCUGGAGCCGGGGGAUAUCCUCUACGUGCCCCUGGGCUUUCCGCACACCACCUCCACUGCUGCACUGGAGCCUUCGACGCACAUUACCCUGAACCUUGACUCGGUGAUUUGGGGCCUGUCUUACAGGCUUCUCUGGGCCUCCAGCCUUCGCAACUUCCGCCUGCGCAGCGGGCAGGCAGACGAGGCAGAGGAGGCCACGUGCACCAAGGGUAUGUCCUGGGCCCGUUAUUCCUCUUUGCAGUCGCCUCUGCCUCUAGGCUUUGGUGCAGAAGUUGAUGAAGCCUUCAUCACCUCUGAGCUCCUGAGCAGGGCCGAGGUUUGGCAUGGCGCACAGGGCUUGAGCGAAGUGCCUGAGCAGCAAGACGUGCGGGAGGCGUUGGACAUGAUCUUGGGCCACCGACAGCGCGUGCUGAUCCUCCACCAGCAGAUGUAUGCCGAUGUCAUGCUUGGCCUGUCAGACAAGCUGCCACAAGAGCGAGAGGCUGCGGGCAUCCAGCCUGGAGCACCUUGA